GCGCACACACACACACACACACCCACCCACCAGCACCAGCCAGCCAGCCUGCAUGCACGGUGUGAAGAGUGCGACUUGCAGAAGACUCGCAUUGUUUAGCAGGUGUCGAGUCGUCGGAGUUUCCACGGUUGCUGUUUAUUUUCAUGUCGCUGUGUAAAUGCCAGCGAUUUCUUCAAUGAUGGUUGAGAUAGGGAGACUGUUUGACGCAGUCGGCGUUCUUCUCCAUGUGCCAGUGUUUUCUUCCUAAUACGAUACACACCCAAGGUUUUCCUCCCCAGUUCAGUCGAGACAUGCUCGUUUUUGAGACCGGCGCUUCCUAAUGAUUACUUAAAGAGGAGUAAGGAGGAAGAAUGAAAAUGCUUCGCUUUCGCAGUUCCAGCAUCAAGUCGUUAAGUCAAGAUAUCAAAUGUACAAUCAGACACCUGGAUGACACUGAGCUACCUUGCAUUAUCCAGAAGGACGCAAAAGGACAAUUCCUCAUUGAUUAUAUCUGCAAACACUUCAACUUGUUGGAGAAGGAUUACUUUGGCAUUAGAUAUGUUGAUCCAGAGAAGCAAAGGCAUUGGCUAGAACCCAACAAGACAAUUGUAAAGCAAAUGAAAUCUCAGCCUCCCUACACCAUGUGCUUCAGAGUGAAAUUUUAUCCUGCAGAACCAAUGAAGGUCAAAGAAGAACUCACCAGGUAUUUACUGUAUCUUCAAAUUAAAAGGGAUAUAUUUCAUGGACGCCUGCUUUGCUCCUUGUCAGAUGCGGCUUUCUUGGGUGCAUAUACUUUACAAGCUGAAUUGGGUGAUUAUGAGCCCAAUGAACACCCAGACGGUUAUGUUAGCGAAAUCAAAUUGUUUCCUAAACAAACACAGAAGCUGGAAAGAAAAAUGGCAGAGAUUCAUAAAAAUGAACUAAGAGGACAGAGUGCGGCUGUUGCUGAACUGAACCUCCUGCAAAAGGCUCACACAUUAGAAACCUAUGGCGUGGAUCCACAUCCCUGCAAGCCAGUGUAUUCGUGCAAACAGGCCGCCGUAACUUCUCCAGAAGUGCGGCGGAGAGGGAGCAGCUUCGAGGAAAUUCCCAGCCAAUUUUUCCAGAACUCUGAUUCCUCAGGAGCAACAGCUUUCAUAGGGUUCACUGCCAUAGGUUUUGUCGUGUUCCAAGGGAAUAAACGGAUCCACCUCAUAAAAUGGUCUGAUGUCAGCAAAUUGAAAUUCAGUGGGAAGACGUUCUGUGUUCAUGGUCUUCAGAAAGAAAAGAAGAUUGUGCUGACAUACCAUACCUCAACACCAGAUGCUUGUAAACAUCUUUGGAAAUGCGGUGUGGAGAACCAAGCAUUUUAUAAGUAUGCAAAAUCCAGUCAAAUUAAGACGGUCUCCAGCAGCAACAUCUUUUUCAAAGGCAGGAGAUUUCGCUUCAGUGGAAGAGUUGCCAAAGAAGUUUUAGAAGCAAGCACCAAAAUUCAGCGCACCCCACCUGAAGUUCACAGGUUUACACUUGCUCAGAGCCGCAGUUGCUGUUCUCUGUCCAAGCAUCUGAUAACAAAUGUGGAAACCGUGGAGUCGUGCCUCCCAUCCCCCACUGAGUCUGAGGAGCACUCCACUAUGGACGAUGGAGAACUGUUAAAAUUAAAUGAUCAAUCAACACCAGAUGAGGAAGAGGUAAAAGAGUUGCAUAAUAAGUUAAUAGAAAUGGAAGAAUCAGGAUGUGAAAACCAAGAGGAAAAGAACGAAGAUUGUCCAACUAUAUCUGAGUUAGUGUACAAUCCAAGUACCAGCGUCCUGCCUACACCUGUGGAAGAUGGUGGGAUGGAUUUGCUUUUCAAUAGUCAUUCAAUUGGGAAUCAGAAGGAUAAUGAAGGCUCAUACAAUGAGUUAGAUGCAACUGAAACUACACCGCUGAUUGGUGAUGAGGAGGAGCUGAAGGAGGUGAAGUGGGUAUUUUCUAGGAGUUUUGAAUUGUUGACAAGCAACAGACAUCUGAAUAUGUUGUCAAAGAGCUUUGUGAAACUGCUUCUGGUGGGACUGGGAUUGCUGCUGUUUGCUUUCCCACUUCUAUUGGUUUUGCUGGAAUCUGACAUUGAUGCUUCUUUUCUGAGGGAAAUCCGGCAAACGCCUGAGUUUGAGCAGUUUCACAAUGAAUACUUCUGUCCACUUAGACAGUGGCUGACAUGUAAAAUACACUAUGUUCUUGACAAGCUAGGCAGCUCCUGAGGCUGCAUCAGUGUGCAGUGGACUAACAGUAACAACAACUUCUCUGAGCAAAACUUAUUUCUGCUGUUUUUACAGUUUUUAUGUUUUGUACCUUUUUAAUGUGGUUUAAAAGUAUUUCAGGAAAUUUUAUUCAGUUUUUAUUUAAAGUGAAACAUGCUCAUGAAAUUAUUGAAUUGAACAUCCAAAGUAAUAGGUGUGGCAUGAAAGAAAUAUUUUAAAUUAAUGGAAAGUUUUAUCCGGUGUUCAAGAGUAUUGUAUUCUUGAGUGAGUGCACAACAUUUUGUCUCCAUUCAUCCCCCGGUGACAUUGAGAUUCAAAAGACUCUACAGACAUGAAAAAUUGUUUUGUUAAAUUGAUCUUGUAUAUUUUCAAAAUUGUAUUUCCUGCAAAAGGCAUUGUUUUGGGGGUUGGUAGUUACACAUACUGCAGUGAUGUCAAUAUUCAGUUUAUUAGAAAUUAUCAGUUAAGUCUAUAAUAACUAGUACCAGGUUCAUUGGGGAUGAAUAUUUUUGGAGAUUUUUUUGCUUGUCCAUUGUAGUUUGGAGGGAAGAGUGGCAGAAGUCUUAGAAAGUUAUUGGAAAUUGCAUUUAAACUAUGCAAAUGCAACUGUUAUAACUAAAUUCUCCAACCAACUGAAAGGUUUUCAGGUAGAGGAGACUUGAAAUGAUGUAAAUAAAAGUAGGAGCUUUCUCUUACUUUUUACUUACUGUUUUGAAAGAGUAGGGAAAAGGGAAGUUAAUGAAAGGUGAUGUUGUCACUUUGGGUCUAGAUUCAUAAAAUUGUCGUGUUGCUAUGAUCUGAGGUAAGGAAUCAAAAGACAUUGGAUAACUGCCUAAAUGCUUUCAUUUUUGGUGGUUUUAUAUGCUUAUUCACAUCAUGAAGCAAACUGAAAUUUAUCAAUAUAAGAGUCUUUUAACUGUGAUAUUGAAUUAUACCUUGUCAAGUAACUACUCAUUUACAAUAAUGUUGUCAAUAUUCAAAAUGUUACAUUUUUCUUCGUAAAAACAUAAGAUGGUUCAUGGGAAAAAUCAUUAGAAUUAAUUUUCUGUUUUUAUGUACAGGCUCGUGUUUAAGGAAUUCAAUCACAA